AUGGGGAAUUGUCUAAGGCAUGAAUCAGAAAUGCACUGGGCUGGUGAAGAUUGGGAUGAUUUCAUCAGAGGUGAUGAUCAUCAUCACAGCUCCAAAACAUCAAUAGAGGCCAAAAAAGUAGUUGUCACAGGAAACUGUAAAUCCUCUGAUCCAACUCAUGAGAUCAAGAUCAGGCUCACGAAGAAGCAGCUCCAAGAUUUACUGAGUAAAGUCAACGCCCAUGGCCUUACCUUUCGUCAACAGGCUCUCUCGUGUCCGAGUUCGGUGAAUCGUAAAACUGACGGCUACGAAGAAGCCAAUCAUAAGGGCCGGUUAUGGCCACCGGUUCUGAAGAGCAUACCAGAAGUUAUUUAA